CUUCUGCCUGGUGCUGAACCUCGCCAGAGCCACCAAGGUGCAUUAGGUGAGCAGCAACGGACAGGAGCAACCCGGCAUAGCAAAUUGCACCUUACUAUCCAGAGAAUGACACUUUCACACCCUGGAAGGCUCCAUUAGUCCAGAGACUGAAGGUGUUCCAGGUCUGUUACUCUGCCGUGGCUCUAAAAGGUCUCACUCGGGUGGCAGUGAAGACCUGCCUUUGCUGAGAGUGCUUGUAAAGCACCAUCACAUGCGACGCGGAGACUGAGUGCUCCUGGCUGGAAGAUAAAGCUCCGAGGCUAUCUAACCCUUAACGCUGCCAUGGCCGCAAAAGCUUCCGGCUCAAAGAAAUACCUCCAGCUGCUAGCUUUUCUGGUGGCUUUUGUAGGGAUGGCCUUCUGUGGGAAUGUGUUGGUCUGGCCCACAGAAGCCAGCCACUGGCUAAACAUCAAGAUAGUUACACAGGAGCUAAUCCGUCGUGGGCAUAGCGUCACCAUCCUGGUCUCGAAUGCUUCGCUCUUCAUUAAACCCAGGGCUGAGGCUGUGGAGAAGUUUGAGGUCUAUGCUGUGCCCUUCAAGAAAGACACAGUUGAGAACCACAUUGAGGACAUAGUAGCGCUGUGGCUGAACAACAGACCAACCACUUUGACUUUCUGGCAGUUUUAUAAGGAGCUGGGAAAAUUGUCCAAAAACUGGAACCAGCUAAACAGGCAAAUGUGUGAUGCGGUGCUCACCAACCGAGAGCUGAUGGCCCGGCUUCAGGGGGCCGGCUAUGACCUGCUGCUGUCAGACCCAGUGACCCUCUGUGGGGACCUCGUGGCUCUCAAGCUGGCAGUCCCCUUUGUGUACUCGCUGCGCUUCACCCCAGCCUCAACUGUGGAGAGGCACUGUGGCAAGAUCCUGGCCCCACCGUCCUAUGUGCCCGCCGCCCUCUCCGAGCUCACUGACCGCAUGUCCUUUGGUGAAAGAAUAAAAAACAUAGUGUCUUAUCACUUGCAAGACUACGUUUUCCAGAGCUACUGGGGAGAAUGGGAUACAUACUACAGCAAGGUGGUGGUCUGGCCCACUGACGCAAGUCACUGGAUCAACUUGAAAGUGCUGCUGGAAGAGCUCAUUCUCCGGGGUCAUGAGGUGACUGUGCUGGUGCCCUCCACCAAUCUGCUCAUCGACUACCAAGACACCUCCUCCCCCUUUACUUUUGAGGUCCUGCAAGUGCCUUUUACCCAGGAAACCCUGGAUGCCAUCAUGGAGGAUUUCCUCAAUACAUGGUUGAAUGAGCACACCAAGCUGUCCUUCUGGGAGGUCUUGUGGAAGGUGAGAAAGGACCUGGAGGUCUUUUCCGACAUAUCGAGGAUGACCUGUGACACCUUGGUGCUGAACCCACAGCUGAUGGCAAAGCUGCAGCAGGCCAAGUUUGACAUUCUGAUUGCCGACCCUCUCGCUAUAGGGGGUGAGCUUGUAGCAGAAAUCCUGGCAAUCCCUUUUGUCUACAGCUUCCGCUUCUCUGUGGGGAACAUGGCAGAGCGGCUGUGCGGGGGGCUGCCGUCCCCACCUUCUUAUGUGCCUGCCAGCAUGGGGAGGCUGACGGACCGGAUGCACUUCAUGGAAAGACUGCAGAACUUCCUCUUCUACCUUUACAGUGACUAUUUUUACUUGGACCAUUGGCGAGACAAGUGGGAUGAGUACUACAGUGAUAUUUUAGGAAGGCCCACGACCCUGUGUGAGACAAUGGGGAAAGCAGAGAUGUGGUUAAUAAGAACAUACUGGGAUUUUGAAUUCCCGCGCCCUUUCUUGCCUAACUUUGAGUUUGUUGGAGGACUCCACUGCCAGCCUGCAAAGCCAUUACCAAAGGAAAUGGAAGAAUUUGUUCAGAGUUCAGGAGAACAUGGCAUCGUGGUGUUUUCUCUUGGAUCGAUGGUUUAUAACCUAAGUGAUGAAAAAAGUAAUAUAAUUGCGGGUGCCCUCAGCCAGCUUCCGCAAAAGGUUCUCUGGCGCUACAAAGGAAGAAAACCAGAAACUCUGGGCUCCAACACCAGGAUUUAUGACUGGAUACCUCAAAAUGAUUUGCUUGGCCAUCCUUUGACUAAGGCCUUCAUUACUCAUGGCGGGACCAAUGGGAUCUACGAAGCUAUCUACCAUGGGGUCCCUUUGGUCGGGCUUCCCAUGUUUGCUGACCAGCAUGACAACAUCGCUCACAUGAGGGCAAAGGGAGCUGCAGUUGAGCUGGAUUUCGGCACACUGAAGACACAGGACUUAGUUGAUGCAGUGAACACAGUCAUUAACAAUUCCACCUAUAAGGAAAACGCUCUGAAGUUAUCCAGGAUUCAUCAUGACCAGCCAGUGAAGCCUCUGGACAGAGCUGUCUUCUGGAUUGAAUUUGUCAUGCGUCACAAAGGAGCAAAGCACUUGAGACCAGCUUCUCACCAUCUCACCUGGUACCAGUACCACUGCCUGGAUGUUCUGGCUUUCUUGUUCACCUGUGCAGCCAUUGCUGUCUUCAUUCUUGUCAAAUGCUGUUUAUUCUGCUGCAAGAAAUGUGGCAGAAUCACAAAGAAGAAGAAAGAAUAAGUGUGCUGUUCCCAUCAGCACUCCUUGUAGGCUGUUUCAGCAAGGCAUUUAUGCACAUUCCUCAGUGAAUAGAAUUAUUAGGAUAUGCCUUACGCCAGACAUACCUUUUAGAAGGGAUGUGCUAAAAAGCAGGUCUUGCUUAGCCAGUCUGUUGCUUACAGUAAAUUCCCUCUAGCCUAAAUAAUCCCUUGGAACUGCAUCAGCUGAUUACGCAGGGUUCCUAAAUUGGUAAUUGCUGCUCUGAAUUAUCAAAUGAAUUGUGGUAUGCUUCAGAAAUACAGUCUUCCUGGGUGUUC